CCUGUUUUUCAUUCUCGCCUUGUGCAGUUCAACACUGUGUCUGUUUGAUCGCAAGAGAAAUUUUUCGCUAUAAAAGCUGCACGUCCGACAGCUAGAACUUCAGAAGCUUUCUUGCUCAUCUCGCAACCAAAAGCAACAAUCCAACAUGCAACCGAUUUUCGCCAUUGCUCUUUUCGCUGCCUUAGUGGCCAUCGCCUCAUCCGCACCUCAAGGCGGAAACACUCCAGUGCCGAUUCUCAGUUCCGAAUUCGAUCAGAAGGAGGAUGGCAGCUAUUCCUUCUCGUACGAAACCGGAGAUGGUAUUAAGCGAUCAGAGGCUGGAGCCCAAAAGAAGAUCGGCGAAGAGACUGGAUCUACUUCCAACGGUAGCAUCUCAUGGAAAACACCCGAAGGCAAAACUGUUACCAUCACCUUCGUAGCUGACGAGAGGGGAUUCCAACCUAAAGUCACCGUUUCAUAAGAACGUUCAUCUCUCAACUGGAUCCUGGAUUACCGAUUCCGCCAAACUGAUCCGCCCUAUCUGAUGAUAUGCCCAAAAAAAAAUACCCACAAACAAAAGAUCCUUACUUUAUAUCAUUACAUUUCGAAACCACAAUUUCGAGUGUAAUGAUAUAAAGUGAGGAUUUGAGUUAUUUUUGUUCCAAUUUAGCUACGUAAGAAAACGAAAUCCAAUUUGAAAAAUUGGCGCCAAUAUUCCUAUACUAUAUUUCCUAUUUCUGAUUAUUCCUAAAUUCUAUUGUCUAUACAUUACUUGAUACAAUACGCAACGCAUCGAAAUACAUCUGUUUGUAUACAA